AUGAAGCUCUCCCUCGUCUUGUCGCUGGCGGCCACCAUCAUCUCCGUGGCAGCCGCGCCCGCAAUCCCCGGGCUCGAUCCGGAGAGCAUCAAGAAGACGCUUGCAUCCCCGGCGCCUCAGGAUAAGCGCGAGGCAAAGAAGGCUCAGUUUGAAGUCCCUCAAGACAAGCGCUCCCCCAAGGGGCUGGACGCCGAGACGAUUGAGGAGAUCAGGGAGAACCUCCCCCCGGCGCCUUCUGACAAGCGCUCGCCCAAGAAGGCCAAGUUCGAAGUUCCUCAAGACAAGCGCGAGGCCAAGAAGGCUCAGUUCGAGGUUCCCCAGGACAAGCGCUCCCCCAAGGGCCUGGACGCCGAGACCAUCGAGGAGAUCAGGGAGAACCUCCCCCCGGCGCCUUCUGACAAGCGCUCGCCCAAGAAGGCCAAGUUCGAAGUUCCUCAAGACAAGCGCGAGGCCAAGAAGGCUCAGUUCGAGGUGCCUCAGGACAAGCGCUCCCCAAAGGGCUUAGAUGCUGAGACGAUUGAGGAGAUCAGGGAAAAUCUCCCCCCAGCGCCUGCCGACAAGCGCGAGGCCAAGAAGGCGCAAUUCGAGGUGCCUCAGGAUAAGCGUGAGGCGAAGAAGGCUCAGUUCGAAGUUCCUCAGGAUAAGCGCGAAGCCAAGAAGGCGCAAUUCGAGGUUCCCCAGGACAAGCGUGAGGCCAAGAAGGCCCAGUUUGAGGUUCCCCAGGAUAAGCGUGAGGCCAAGAAGGCCCAGUUCGAGGUUCCUCAGGACAAGCGUGAGGCUAAGAAGGCCAAGUUUGAGGUUCCCCAGGACAAGCGUGAGGCUCACUUCGAGGUCCCCCAGGACUAA